UAUGGCACGUGUGACAGUCAUUCAUGUCCUGCUGAUAUUGACCUUUUUCCAACGUAAGAAACUGUUUUCCACAGUCCUGGCAAGUGGAAAAGAAGACAUAAAGGAUGCACUUAGGCUGCAUAACGUUAUGUGGGCCACCAAAGAUGAUUCAAGAGUCAUUUUGUCCUGGAACAACAACCUGACAAAAGAAGAAACCAAGAAAUACACCGUGAAGUAUAUUUUGAGUUAUAAGUUCUUCAAUACCACUAAGGAGAGGAAAGAAAGACUGCAGGAGAAGGAAAAGAUAAUACAUCUUCAAUUACACUCUGGUUUUAAUGCUAAAGUUAAGACACAACUUUUUGCAAAAGAAACAGAAGACAUAAUUAAGGAGAGUGACUGGACAGAACUUACUUACAAGGCACCUCCAGUUUACAUUCAGAAUCUUUCAUGCAUCAUAUAUAACAUUUCUUUUUUCAAUUGCACCUGGCACAUCAAAGCAGAAGCUCCCAAAGAUAUCCAGAUCUUUACCUCAUACAGACAUGUAGGAAAGGUUUUUGCAUGCCAGCAAUACAUAAAAAAUGCAAGGAUGAAAAAUAUUGGAUGCUAUAUGAAAGAAAUACAUUUCCAACCAUCAAGGAAAAUAAAUUUAAACAUAACUGUGAGAAAUUUGAGAAAUAGUUCAAGAGUACUGUCUUAUUUCAAAGCUUUCACACCUCAGAAAAUAGAGAAGCUGAACCCGCCAAUCAACGUCUCAGUUUCCCUCGAAAACAAAAGUAUUAAAAUUCAUUGGAAACCUCCACCUACAAUUGGUUCAGCAAGGAAAAAGUGUUUUUUGUACCAGGUGAAAAUAACAGAUCAUAAGAUUGCAAAUGUCACUGCAGAGAACUAUAAGUAUCCAUUUCAUAAGCCAGCAAAAAGAUGUGCAGCACAAGUGAGGGUAAAGAAAGAGAUUUGCAUAGCAAACAAGAUCUGGAGUGAAUGGAGCGAACCAGUGUUUAUUCACGACGAAAAGACAUUGGAUAUCCUACUGCUAAGCCUCACAUUGUUUUGUUCUCUGGUUUUCCUUGGAGGUCUGCUGAUAUAUGCAUGUAGAAGGUACAGAUGCCUGGAAGUUUUAACCACACCUGUUCCACAUCCUUCAAACAAUAUCAAAAUGUGGUUAGCAGAUGAGACUCACCACCAGCAACAUAUGUCAAUGCAAAUGGAGAUGAACUCAGAGGUUACUCUGGGAACACCAGAAGAGAACAGAGAUGAGAACAUUCGACUGCAGAAAUGUUUGAAGGAAUUCGUGUUAGAAGACCUAUAGAGAUGACAUGUCUUUUUAUCUGCAUGCAAGUGUACUUUCCCAUGAAGUGGACAAUAUUCCAACAGAUCAAACAGCUGAUAUGGGAGUUUGUCUAAGCCAAAUAACUUCUGCUCUGACAACAUGCAACUCUUAAAAUUAGCUUUGGAUCACAGACACAAAGCAGUAUCUUGUAGUUUGUCUCUAAAAAACUGAUCUUUUGACCAGUAAAAUUAGAGUAUCUCAGAAAACAUGAACUAAUAUCAAGAUACACUUGGGUUAAAAUGAAAUUAGAGUUAAUGUUUCAUAACGCCACAAUGGCUUCAAAGCACUGUCUGCUAGAUCAAGACUUUUUGAAGAUUGGCUGUUCAUACAAAUCUCAUACUAGCUAUUCAACAUCUGAUUGAAGUGGUCAUGAGAAAUGGUGGAAGCAGUAAACGUUUCUGGAAACAGCAAGAGAAUCUCACAAGUGAUCUCUAAAACUCAAAACAAAACAAAACAAAAUAUUCCUUUCUGAGUCACUGCAUUGUGUAAACACACAUCAACCAGAAAGGAGAGAUAUGUGUGAAGACAAGGUCUUUUAAUGUUGUGGACUUUGCAGUUGGUAAAAUAAGUAAAGUAAGUAAAACAAGAAAACUUUAGACAAGACAAAGAAAACAAAGUUUUCUGCUAUAUUGUGGUUUUUAAUAUAAGUUUAAUUCAGAGAAGUUGUAAGUUCAGAACUGAUCAUUUUUGCUAUUUAUUUCUCCCUGUCCUAUCAAAGAAUAUUUCCUACUGAUUCCAUGAGGUGAUGAGCUAUGCUAGUCCAUUUUCAUGUAUACAACCAGGGCAGAUUAUCCCAACUCUUAGCUGGGAGUGUGUUUAUUUGACUAGAAUAUAAUGAAGUGAUUUUGCAAGGAAGGUGUUUCUUUUCUGAAAGUGGGAAAUACAAAUCAAUGAUGGACAUAAUUUUCUGGAGAGUUUGGAAGAUACCUAAAAAUUACUUGCUUUCAUUACUGGUAAUAUUUUUCCAUGUCAGAAUAAUAUUGAUUGGAACAAAUAACAAUAUAAAAAUUUUGUUUGUGCUUUUGAAAUAUAAAGUUUCUAAGAUAUA